AUGGCUCUACCAGUGCCGUUUGGAUUCUCUGCUGGAGAUGUGAUAGCCGUCUGUAUCCUUGUGAAAGAUGUCAUCAAAGCUCUCGACGACGCUCAGGGAGCAUCGGCUGAGUACCGACAAUUGUCCCGAGAGCUGUGGUCCCUGGAUCGUGCGCGGUUAGAAGUCGAGCUGUUGUCACAGACUUGCGGUACUUCGGUCGAGCUAAAUGCAUUGAGUUCUACGACCAGGAGGGUGGUGGAUCAGUGCAGAGAGUCCAUGGAAACAUUCUAA